GGCCGUGAUUGAACUCUAGUGGCUGACCUGACCCUUACUGUGUGGCCCAUUUAUGGCCCCUGCAGAUAGUCCAAAUAAAGCCCUUCCCUCUGUUCCUCCUUCAGUCAUCGACAUAUCAUCUUUUCAGACUUUCAGCACCAGAGACUCCCAGUUCUAUCAAUCUCUUGCAGAGUACGCUGUUGGAGAGCACUACUUCUUGGGCUAGCUAGGGUUAGAAAAAGGCUAGGGAAGAGUACGUAGUGAACAAGUAAAGAAUCAUGGCCGGAACGUUUAGAAAAUGCAUGAUGCUCUGUUGCACAGCAAAGGUCACGAAGGAAGAAGACAUGGCUUACGAGGAUGCCAUUGCCGGACUUUCGAAGCUUCUCAGUGAAAAAGCUGACCUCGAAGGCGUCGCCGCCGCCAGGAUCAAUCAGAUAACCGCCGAGUUGGAGAGGACCGGGUCGGAUGGGUUUGACCCGGUCGAGAAGCUCAAAAGCGGGUUCGUCCACUUCAAGACGGAGAAGUUUGAGAAAGAUGUGGACUUGUACGGCCAGCUCGCCAAAGGCCAAAGCCCCAAGUUUAUGGUAUUUGCAUGCUCGGAUUCUCGAGUUUGCCCCUCCCACAUCCUCAAUUUCCAACCAGGGGAGGCUUUCAUGGUCCGAAACAUUGCCAACAUGGUCCCUCCGUUCGACACGACAAAAUACUCGGGAGUGGGGGCGGCCAUUGAAUACGCAGUAUUGCAUCUCAAGGUGGAGAAUAUUGUGGUGAUCGGGCACAGCUCCUGCGGCGGUAUAAAGGGGCUCAUGUCGAUCCCGGACGAUGGGACCACCGCGAGUGACUUCAUUGAGAAUUGGGUCAAAAUCUGUGCGCCAGCAAAGACCAAGGUUAAAUCAGCAUGCGGUGACUUAAGUUUUUCAGAGCAGUGCACCAACUUGGAGAAGGAGGCUGUGAAUGUGUCACUUGCGAACUUACUGACAUACCCGUUUGUUAGAGAGGCCGUGGUCAACAAUAAGCUGGCUCUGAAGGGUGGAUACUAUGAUUUUGUCAACGGUGGUUUCCAGCUCUGGGAUCUUGAUUUCAAUAUUACACCCAAUAUGAUUGUAUGAGCAUCAGACAUUAUCGAGAAUCCUCCCUUUCAUUUCAUUAGAGUUUACCCCACAGGCGCAUCUUUUAUUUGCAUCUUCUUUUUGGAACUACAGUUUGGCAAAAUAAUAGUCUUUAUGGCCUGUGUCAUAAGAAAAUAAUGUAGUUUGGCAAGUUUCUCUUUCUCCAUAUGUAAAGUUUCUCUUUUCUGUAUGUGGUCAUCUUCCUAGCUUCAAGCACUGUUGAAUUAUGUAUACAGUGGUUGUUCAAUGGCCAUGCACAUUUGAAGGCAAUGUUCGGCUUUAAAUUUUUCA